AUGCACCGUUCUCGUCAUCCAAUUGACGUGUCGCUCAUCGUUGACGAUGACAACGACGAUGAUGUAUCUCAUCAUCAUUUUAUUCCGUCUACAACUGGCGAUUAUUCAUCAUUAAUUGUGGAUUCGCCAUCAGAUACAAUGUAUCAUCGAACACAAUCACCCUCACCCUCACCAACAUCAUCAAUUUCAUUAAAUAAUCAUAUACAAGAACCACAACCAACAACAUCAUCCUCGUCUACAACAACAUCUGCCCAUCAUGCUCAUCGACGUUUAUCACAUAGUAGUUCACUUGUCGAUUUAAAUGCAUCAAAUAAUAAUGUUCAUCGUGAUCGUUUACGUUUUAAUACAUGGCCACGCCAUAGAAAAGAAAAACGUGAUAUACUGGUUGAAUAUGAUAAACGUUUAGCUAAAUCAGUUAUACAAGAACUUGGUAUUGGUAUCAAUAAAACAUAUCGUAAUCCAUGGGGUAAUUUAUCUUAUGCUCAAUUGAUUACGCGUGCUAUUGAUAGUAGUCCAUGGAAACGUUUAACAUUAAAUGAAGUUUAUGAAUGGAUUAUUAAAUUUGUACCUUAUUUUAAAGAUAAAAUUGAUGCAAAAACAAGUUGGGGAUGGAAGAAUUCAAUUCGACAUAAUUUAUCCUUACAUAAUCAGUUUAUUCGUGUGCCUGUUAUAUCAUCAUUAUCGAAAGGUCCUGUUAAAUAUGUUUGGACAAUAAAUCCAUCGUUUAAAAAUAAUUCUCCAUAUAAAAAAUAUAGUCUUAAACGAAAACGUGCAGCUGCUGCAGCAGCACUUGCUUCACAAGCUGCUGCAGCAGCAGCGGCUGUUUCAAAUGUGAAUUCUACAUCAUCAACAUCAUCAACAGCCGCAGCAGCAGCAUUAUCACUAUCACAAGAUCGAAGUUCACCAUCAUCAUCAGCAACACAACCACUUAUAAAUAUGUCAAAUAAUUAUCAUCGACAAUCAUCAACAACAGGAACAUCUUUACAAAAAUCAACUCGUAUUAAUGAGCAUACACAAGGAAGCAAUUCACCAACACUUAAUCAAUUAUCAGUAGCUGCGGCAAUGAUGUCAGCUGGUGUUACAGAUCCAGCAGCAUAUCGAGCUUUUUUAAGUACUCAAGCUGCAGCUAUGAUCAAUAAACAUAAACAACAAACAUUAUCAUCAACAACAAAUCAACAACAAUCAUCAUCGAUGUUACAUCGACCAACUCAAUCAAGUUCAAAAACAUUUGCUCAUGAUACAGGCCUUCCGGUUCCAAAAAAACUUGCACUUGGAACUGAUCGAUAUAAACAACAACAACAACAACAACAACAACAACAACAACAACAACAACAGCAACAGCAACAUCAGCAGCAACAGCAACAUCAGCAACAGCAACAACAACAACAACAUGCUGAAUGGCUUUUAUCCUCAUAUCGUCAACAACCACCGCCGUAUAACGGUCGACAUCCUCAUCCAUCUGGACCAACUAAAAUCAUGGUGAAUCAACAACGUUCACCAUAUUUACCACCUCCACCUUCAACAUCAGCAACACGUGUUAAUUCGGAUAUAAAUAAUUUAUCUCCAUCAUUACAACGACGUGUUAGUUCGCCACCAGCAUAUUCAUCAGCAGUUGCAGUUGCUGCACAAAAUAAAUUAUUAGCUCAAACAAAACUUUGGCAUGCUGCUGUACAAGCGGCUGCUCAUGCUCAACAACAUUACCAUCAUCAACAACAACCACCACCACCGCCACCACCAACAAAUCCUAUAAAUGAACUUCAAAAUUAUAUUAAUUGUUCGAAUACAUCAAAUGUAAAUCAUAAUAAAUUAUCAACAUAUAUUAAUCCUGAAACACUUAAACUUUUAUCAACAACGACAACAACAACAGGAAAUAAUUCUCAUGACGAACAGCAUAUUUAUUCAAGUGAUCCACGUUAUAAAUUAAUGCGUGCAUCAUAUCCAAACGCAACAACUAAUUCGAUACCACCGCCAUGUCUUAUUCGACAAAGGAUUAAUCAAAAUAAUUCAUCAACAUUAACACAACAACAACAAAUUGAUAUGGUUGCAGCUGCAUAUCAUAAUUAUAGAAGACGUUCAAGUGGAUUUUCAUCGACAACGAGUCAUGGUGGAGCAAGUGAUGAUGAAAGUGAUGAAUAUAUUCCACCAAGAAAAGAUUCGUCAACUUCUAAUGCAUCAAGUGGUUAUGAAUCAGGUUUAGCAGCUUGUCAUCAAUCACCACCAGUAUCAUCAUCGAUUCGUACAGAAUCAGGUUCAUCAAUAACGUCGGAAGCAUCAUCGUCAUCAUGUUAUUAUAAUAAUUAUAGUAACACAAAACAGUCAAUUAAACGUACAACAAAAAUAAAUUCAAAUGAUAAAGAUAUUGAAAUGGAUGAUCGUCAACAAUUAUCAAUAACUUCUGUUGGUGGUUAUGUUGAUGAUCUUAUGGAACGUAUACGUAAAAUGCCGCCUAAAAAACGUUCAAAAUUUUAUCAAAUGCUUGAUGAAGAACGUUUAAAAGAUCUUAAUAAUAAUAAUGAAGAUACUCAUAGAAAAUCAAAGACUAUUGAAGUUGAAGAUGAUGAAAAUGAACACCAAAUAUCCAUGGAUGUAUCAAUGCCAUUAGUUGUUGAUGAAGUACAUAGUGAUGAAGAUGAUGAUCGAACAUUAAUUGAAUUAACACCAAAUACAAAAACUGUUCAUUUAGAAGAUGAUGAUAAUGAAGAAAUAAAAGAUAAAUUCAAACAACAACAACAACAAUUUUUUGGAUUAAAUGAAAAAAGUUAUGAAGAACUUCGUUCAAUGGGUAUACCAUUAGCUGUAUUAAAAGCAAUUGCUUUUCAACAACAUCAACAAACGCAAUCACAUAAUACAAAUAAUAAUAAUAAUAAUAAUAAUAAUAAUAAUAAUAAUAAUAAUAACAAUAAUAAUAACAAUAAUAAUCAAUUAUCAAAUUUUUUAGCAAAUAAAUGUACAGUAACAUCAACAAAUUCUUCAGCAGAUACAAAAAAUUUAUUAAAUGCACGUACAAUACUUCGAAGAAUUUUACAAGAACAUCAAAAAGAACAACAACAACAACAACAAGGUGAAACAUUAAUUGAAUCAAUGAAUUAUACAAUAGAUGAAGAAGGUGCUAUUAUUGAAGAUGAUGAUGAUGUACAUCAAUCAUCAACAAUGACACCUCAUAAUAGAAAUGGUGUUCGGUCAAAUAGUCAUAAUCCAGGUACUGUAACGCUCAAUCCAAAUGAUAUUUCAUCAUUAUCACCACCUACAUCAACAUCAUCAUCACCUGAUGAAACUGAUGUUAACCAUCAAACAAGUCCAACUUCACUUAGUCGACCAUCAAGUACACCUGCUGCUCUCAUUUCCUCUGGUUAUUGA